AUGAGCCAGGAUAAGGAGCCUUUAAAUAAGGAAAAAAACCAUCAUUGAUUAGUAGGCUACGCAUUUACAGUAAACUCUGUAGUAGGCGCUGGUGUAUUAGGAAUCCCAUGAGGCUACUACAAAACUGGCUGGACGCUUGGCUUAUUUUCUCAAGUUUUCUCUACCUCAGUCAGCUUUAUUUUGCUUUAUUUGCUAUUACAAGCUCUCAGUAGAAUGGAAGUUUUAUCAAAUUUAUGUGAAAAAGGCUACAAGAUAAAGCCAAUGUCAAUCAUAGAUCUGCUUAAGCCAAUUAAAAAAGAAAAUUAUAUAAUUAAGCCAAUACAAGAAGAAGAAAAUGAAAGCUUUAUAUCAGAAAUUGACUGAACCCCAGAAAUCGGUAAUAGGAGAUACGAUAUGUGUGAAAUGGCUCAAGUGCUACUGGGAAAAGUGCAUGGAAAAAUAUUAAUGGGGAUUUUUAUUAUUGGUAGCACAGCGUCAUUAAUUGCCUACUGCACAAUUUUUUCGUCCUCUUUAUCUUCAAUAAUUCCAAUAACAGGAACUGAUACGUGCAAUAUAUAUGAUGAUCCUGACUUUGGAGGGUCUUGCAGGUUCAGGUAUUGGGCUUAUUUAUUUAUUUAUGCCUCAAUUGUAAUACCAUUAGCUGUUGUUGGGCUCACUGAGCAGACUUUGUUCCAAAUAGUGUCUUGCUGCAUGAGGAUUGGGGUUAUUUUGACGAUCAUUGUUACGUCGCUGUAUGCAAUUGCAUCGGAUACAGAACUUGAUGAUGAUGGGGCAAAUCAGUCAGAUCCAAGUACUUUUAAAAUAAUGAAUUUAGGGCUAUGUUUGCCAAUUGUGUAUAUGGCAACAUAUUUUAAAAACACAGUAUCAACAACUACACAAUUCGUGACAGAUAAAUCAGAAAAUAUCAAAAAAAUAUGUAUUUUUGCAUUAUUUUCGAUGAGUGUAUUUUUUCUAUUAUUAGGACUCAUAGUACCGUUUGCAGCAGGCGACGUUGAAAAGAUGGUCACACUAAACUGGCGUGACUAUUCUGCAGGGGCUGACGAAGACGACAGAUCGUGAUGGACUUAUAUUAUAGCGUAUUUUAUAGUCCUUCUUCCUGCUGUAGACGUCCUUUCUGUAUUCCCUAUCAUUGUAAUUAACCUAGCUGAUAAUGUUAUGUCAAUAACCUAUGGUAAUUUUGGAGAAAAAGAUCUGCAGAGACGGACUAUUACGUAUUAUAGGCUUGCCAUUGCUUUCCCUCCUGUUUUAAUCGCUGUGAUUGUGUAUGAUUUAAGCUUCGUAGCUGAUAUAAGUGGGUCGCUACAACUUUUAGGAGGAGGAUUAUAUAUAUUUCAUGUUUUUGUUAUUGUGGGUUGUUUUUCGUUUAAUUUAUCCCAUUUGGGUAAAGAAGGCUCAUUUUUCAUUGAUUUUUUGACGUUAAUUUUAAGUUUUUUGGAAAAAUUAUAUUGGAGAAUUUUCCACUCCAAGAUUGCAGAGAAAAUGGCAUGCACCGAUUAUAUAUUCCGUUGUUUGCAUUAGCAGCUAAAAGGCUAGUCGAAAAGCCAAGCGUUUAUGAUAACCUUUUCUUUUCUGAUAAAUGGGCAUGGGGAACAUUAAUUAUAGCUACAUCCGCAUUUGUUGCAAUUUGGGUAUUAAUUCUUAUAUAUUUAACCUAA